AUGAAGGACAUUCGAGCAUUACUUGGAAUGCAGCUUGUCGUAUGGAUACAUUUAUUCUUCAGAUUUCGCAAACGUGAAAUCGCGCAUCUGCUUGCCCUGACUGAUUCCUUCACCUGGGAAGAACUGCCCACGAAAGAUCCUGAGACCGGGCGCCUGACGAAGGCCGGAUACCUGCCCGUCACUCAGAAAAUUGCAUCACAUGCUUCCGCUCUCAUCUACACAUUCCACUUUGUUCAGAGUUCUGUUCGCAUAGCGACCAGUCACGACAAAGUAUUCCCUGCCUGGUUUCCGUUCGACACAACAGUGAACCCAGCGUACGCUGCUGUAAAUUUAGUACAGGCCAUAGGAUCGCUCUUCAUCACAUGUGCAUUCGCUGGCUUCCUCAGUCUGUACGCUACGUUCAUAUGUGUGGCCUGCAGUCAGCUGGAGAAACUCAGGGCGGCCAUACUGGACAUCAGACAGACAUAUAUCACAUUACAACAGGAGUGUGGGGCAGAGACCAACAAACAGGAUGGAGAGGGACAUCCCCUCACCCCUGAGGAACUGUUCGGUCACAUGCAAAAACAACUGAACGACUGCAUAAGGCACCACCAGCAGAUAAAACGGUUCAUGCAGGCGAAUGAAGAUUGUUGGAACUUCGUACUGUGCGCUUUAUUCCUUCUUAUGCUAUCAGCGAUGUGUUUUGUUGCGUUCUCUGCUAUUACGAGCUGGGGUGACCACGUAGAUGUAUCGCAGGCUGUUGUUAUAUAUUUAGCAAUGCUGAGCUGUCUUUGCGUGUUCUGCUGGCUUGGAACUGAGUUGUCCAAAGAGGCUGAAAGUGUUAGAGACGCGGCCUGGGGGUGCGACUGGGUGGGAACUCCCGUCCCGUUCCAGCGCUGUCUGAUGUUCAUCAUCGCCGCGGCCAACAAGGAGUUUACACUCACGGCUGGCAAGUUUGUUCCAGUCUCCAACAAGACCAUGAUGAAUAUGAUGAACCAAUCCGCAUCUUUCUUCAUGUUUCUUCUGAACAUGAAAGACAAAAACAUAAAAGAAAGUGGCACCGAAUAGAAGAACAAUCUGCAAUGUGUAGCAAAAUCUUCCUCACAGCAUCAAUUCCAUUUAUUAAAUGCUAUCUCAUAUCAAUUCUAUUCUACACGUCUUACUAGCGCCGAAACACAUAGACCUCCUAUAACCUCAACUGAAAAUUACUUCCGAGGAAGAAUCGACCACUGCUCUCUAACACAAUAUUUUACCGUCAACACAUUAAAAAUGCGAUAAAUGUUGUAGCUCAUCUAUUUAAUAAUAUCUCUAAAUGGCCUUCAAUUUGUGGCGCUGCGGGCGUUCUUGGAAACUGAGCUGGGCCAGCGCAAUGUCGACCGAUGUGGUUCUGCGCACACACAGGGAUAUUAUCCCAAAUGAGAAUGUAUAGCUAAUUACUGUCAUUAUGGACCCCACUCCCUGAAGCACUAUAGCCUAUACUAGGCAUAAAUCCAAAACAAUUUGGAGCACAAAGCAAGAUAAUAAGUUUAAAAAUAAAGAAUGA